UGAUUUCAUUUUAAAAAGUGAAUUAUUGAAUUAUGACAAGGAAGAUCAAAUGAGUAGGAAUUUUGAGGGAUAUUGGAGGGGUAAAUCACAUUACUAAAUAAUUAGUGAAUAACUCUCAAAAUCGGCCAUUACCCAUUCCGCCGCACCGCCACUGCACCGCCGUCCACCGUCGCACGCUGACAGGUCAUAGCGCCUCUUGAAAGGUUCUACAGUUAGGAGCACGCUCUGGAGUAGCAAAAAACCCUCGAAAGGUGUUAGAAACCUUGAUGUUAGCCGCACCAUCUCCGACAUGUCAGCGGCUUCCAUCUGUAGGAAUCUUCGGCAGCGCGUAGCUCACGCAAUCCCGUCAAAGAGGCUCCCACACUCAUCCCUAAUCUCGACGUCUGCAGCUGCCUUCUCCACUCUUCCUCAAAAAGACCAAGAGGAAAUUGGCAGGUCGACAUGGUCAAAGCUGUUGCUUUUCAUACCGGGAGCCAUCACUUUUGGCCUUGGCACUUGGCAAAUCUUCAGAAGACAAGACAAGAUAAAGUUGCUUGAUUACAGGCAGAGUAGACUUGCAAUUGAACCUCUUAAGGGCAAUGAGAUUGUGGCUUCUACUUCGAGCACGGAUUCACUGGAGUUUAGGAAAGUGCAGUGCAAAGGGGUUUUUGAUGAAAAGAAGUCUAUCUACGUAGGCCCACGUUCCAGGAGCAUUUCUGGUGUGACUGAAAACGGAUACUAUGUAAUAACUCCUCUUAUUCCAGUCCCUGGUGAUCCUGAAAGUGUACAGUCGCCUAUACUGGUAAAUAGAGGAUGGGUUCCGCGGAGUUGGAGGGACAAGGCUUUAGAUUCUUUAGAAGAUGAACCUCCGAUGAGUAGCACGCCCACCUCAACUCAAGAGAGUUCUACAACUUCCUGGCGACAUUUGUGGUCUGCUAAGCGUAAAGGUCUUGAGGAGCAUGUUCCAUCUGUCAUCCCUGUUGAAGUCAUUGGUGUUAUACGUGGCAGUGAGAAGCCGAGUAAUUUUGUUCCCUCAAAUGAUCCUAAUGCCGCCCAGUGGUUUUAUGUGGAUGUUCCAGCACUUGCUCGUGCUUGUGGACUUCCAGAAAGAACACUCUAUAUUGAAGAGAUCAAUGAACAUAUUAAUCCCAGAAGUCCAUAUCCCAUACAAAAGGAUCAUAAUAUGCUAAUUCGAACCUCUAGGAUGCCGCAGGACCAUCUUAAUUACGUAUUCACAUGGUACACUCUUUCAGCUGCAGUAACUUUCAUGGCUAUUCAGAGACUUAAGCCAAGAAAGAGCAGAAGAUAGCGCUCCAUAUUUCAUUGUUGUCCGUACCCUCAAACCUCUGCAAAUGGUGUUUUGUACUUGCUGGAAUUGAUUAAAUAAAUUUGAGAAGCAGCAAAUUGGUGAUAAAGCUCCCGCAGGAUUAAGUUGCAAAUUUUGUUUCCAUUGAUAAUUGAUUGGUAAAAGCUUUGCCAUGUACGUUUCGAGUCUUUAUCACUAUUAGUUUUGAUUCUUUUGAUAAGUUCCUAUUUCUCGAGCUCGGAUUGGUGUAUUGCCAUAACUUCUUGAUUAGAAAUAGUCCAAUCUGACAAAACAGCUAGUUUGCUGCUAAAUUUUCAGUUGAUUGCAUUCAAGACAUUUGAUUUCAACGAUUAGAUGAUUUAGUAGUA